AUACUACCACAUGUAACAAAUGUUCUUGCAUGAAGAUAAAAAACCUAGGAAGAGGAGGAACAAUUAAUAAAGAGUAAAUGAUAGACAGCCUGUGAAAGAGAGAAAGUUAAAGUAAAAAGAAAGUGAGAGGAUGAUAGAAAAAAACAAGAGUGACAGCUGCUGAGAAGGAAAGAGAUUGUGUGUGUGCGCGCGCGUGUUUACACCUGUGCGUGUUUUGCACGAUCGGGAGAUUAUGCUAACUGGCUAAUUUACUUAGCUGAUGCUAAUCAGUAAUAAACUGGGCAGUGCUGUCCCUUUGAGUAGAAUGCUAGUCUGGCCACCAAUUUAGAGCUGCACGUAGAAUUGUGUGCCAGACGCUCGAUCAGGGCAUUCUCUCCACACCGUGUCACUCAGGGUCUCACGAUGGCCCAGCAGCAGGUGAAUAAUUCUCCCUUUCUCAAGCCCUUCUUCCUGAAGCUCCCGAUGUGCAGCCCGAGCCACAUCCGCCAGCGCAGACACACCCUCCCCGCCAGCGAGCUCAGGAACCUCACCCCUCAGGAUGCCAUCAGUGUCUUUGAGAUCGAGAGAGAAGCCUUCGUGUCGGUAUCAGGAGAGUGUCCCCUCACGCUGGAGGAGGUCCUGCACUUUCUAGGUCAGUGUCCUGAGCUGUCCCUGGGAUGGUUUGAGGAGGGGCAGCUUGUCGCCUUCAUCAUUGGCUCCGGCUGGGACAAGGAGAGGCUGUCGCAGGACGCCAUGACGGCGCAUGUUCCUGAAACGCCCACAGUCCACAUGCAUGUGCUGUCUGUGCACCGACACUGCCGUCAGCAAGGGAAGGGCUCCGUCCUGCUAUGGCGCUACCUGCAGUACCUGCGCUGUCUGCCGGGCCUGCGCCGUGCGCUGCUCAUCUGUGAGGAGUUUCUGGUGCCGUUCUACCUUAAGGCUGGCUUCAAGGAGAAGGGCCCCUCCGCCAUCACUGUGGGCCAGAUGAGCUUUACCGAGAUGGAGUACCUGCUGGGGGGAACAGCCUUUGCACGUAGGAACAGCGGCUGUUAGGAAAGAGCCGUUGACUUGGACAAAAUGCGUAGCCCGCUUGCAUACAAUGAAGGGAAACACGUAUUGUUUUAUAAGUUGCAAAGUGAGAUAUUUGGAUCUCCUGUGGUUUUCUUUAUAUUCCCAGCGAUUUAGGUCUCAUGGCAUGUUUUAUUUAUUUAUUUAUUUAUUUAAAUUUAGUAAUCGCCAAUUAUUUUAUUAUUUUAUCAAUUUGAUUUUCAAAUGUAAAAACAGUUCAUCUCAACACAACUGACAAAGCCAUAUAACAUGCAAAGUUAUGUUACGUUCCUAAAUGCCAAUCUCUACAUGGCAAUUGGAUGUGCCAAUUCGUAAACUAUAAAUGUCUCUGUGCUCACUGCCCCAACUGGUAAUGCAGCUGUACAUUGAUUCCCCAAAUCAAUGUUGCCCUUUGACAAUAUAUAAUGUAUAUACAAUUGCUGUAAUGGGGAAGUGCUGUCCACAUCUACAGAGUCUGCCUAAUACAUGUUCAUAUUUUUUUUUGUGUGUGUCUAAUCGGUCUAACACUAAAGUGCAGGACAAUUGCUGUACAAGUACAAUACAUUGUAGCAAUGUAUCUGUUAUAUAUCUAACUGCAACUGCAUACUGUACAGUAUAUGACUAGUGCUUACGCCCCAUAAAAUGUUGCUGAAUGAAAGAUAGAAUGGGAUGUGGACUAUAAUGCAUGAACUGACUGAAUGCGACGUGGUACGUGAAAAGCAGCUUGUACAUACUUUCAUUUUUACAUGUUUUGCUAUAUUUACACUUGCAUUGAUUAAUAAAUAAAAGAUAAAACUA